UCAGUGUCCCGUGAUAAAUUCAAUUUCGAUAUCUAAUGUAAAAAUUUGAAAUACCAAAAUCAAACUAUAGUGUUUCAGAAAAUCCAUUUUGGAAAGAAAGAUGACCGUUAAUCUGGUCCAGGAGUUCGAAUACACGAGCAAGUUCAUUUCUUGCGUGUCCGUCAACAAUUCGUUCGUCUUCUCGACGGAUAAUGGUCUGUUGAUCGUUGACAUCCAAUCGGACCUGUUCAGGCCGUCUGUGGACUACAAGGUAUUCAGGACGUCAAUCCCAUUCUCAAAAGAGAAACCGUUUGAAGAUAAAAAUUUUAAUGAAAUACGUUUCCAAACACCAGUGGUGUGCCAAGAACAUAAUUUGACAGUAUAUCCCAACAGUCGGAACUGGCUUGUCAUUUAUAUGGGAAACAACAGCAAUAUAGUAUUUUUAGAAAAAAAUAAUAAUAAAUGGAUAGAAAAAUUAAGUGACAUACCACAAAAAUGGUUUUUAAUAGUAUCUAAGAAACCUUGUUUCUCAAUAGACAAAAAGUAUCUUAGUAUUUUUAAAACUGAGAACCGGAUACUUUAUUAUUGCCGUGAAAAAGAAAAGUCGUUACAAAUUAAAAAUUUUGUUUUUACUCAUACCUUAAAACGUGAAAAUGAAACGGAAGUUUAUGGAACUAUAUGUUGUCAUUUAAACAAUAUGUUGACAUUUUGGUCAACUUCAUCAGAAAAAUCAUCUUUUUUGAAAGAGUUUGAAUUUCAUACUGUUUCUAUAAAACAUAUUAAAUGGUUUCAGAUAUCAAGUGAAUUAUUUUGGUUAGUAGUUUCCUUGACAAAUGGUCAAGUUUAUGUUCAUGAAAUAUUGAACUACCCUAAUGUGCACUGUACAUUUAUUUUGUGGCCGGACGAAGACUUUGCCUGUGUGAAAAACAUUCGAGUAGAAAGUAUUUCAAAUGAUAAAUGUCUCAUAUUUUUUACAAAAAUGUCAUUUGUGUUGGUGAUAUUGUAUUCAUUAUCUGAAAAACUAAUUUUAUCAACAAAAAAAGAAAUGAUUCCUAAAACUGCAAUUAUACCUGGUUUUACAAUUGUAUUAGAAAAAAAUUUGUUAAUACUAGUGACAGAUGUUGGCAAAUUUGUUUGUGUGUAUUUUUCUGCUAUAAAAUCAGAAGUAACUUAUACUUUAAAAAUAGUAAAUAAUAAUUUUAGUGAACAAGUACAAAACUAUACUUGUACAUCAGUAGUAUUUUCAAAAAAUGAGUGUAUAUGUGUUCUCACAUUUCAGUGCAACAUAGCCAAGUAUAGUAAAAAUGAUGGUCAUGUUAAAAAUAAAUUGCUAUUUUGUACAAUUCCUGAAAACUUAGUGGAACUUGAGAAAAAAAUUUUAUCAAUAAAUGAUUGUGAUUAUGAUAAUGUCAUUGAUUGUAUUGAAACUCUAAGUUUAUUGUGUGUUUUCAGGAUUAAUAGAAUGGAUGACACAUUAGAUAAAGUGUGUCAGUUAGAUAGAAAAUCAUUAGACAAAUUAUCCAUCCAACAUCUUAAGUUUACUUAUUGGAAUAUAGCCUUCAAAAUUAAGAAAAAUGAACAUGAUGAAAGUGUUUUACAAGAGUUACAAAUGUUACUUCAUAUGCGUCAUAUAAUUAGUUAUUUUUCUAAUAAGAAAAAAAAAUUUAAAAAGGACGACCAAUAUUAUUGUCGAACAAUGCUAUCAUAUUAUAUGAAUAAACUAUCAGUAGAAUAUGUCCAAGUUAAAGUCGAUGCUGCUAAUUUGAUUGGUUCUUUUACUGGUGCUAAACAUACUUACUUUUGCAACACAUGUAAACGGAUUUUGUUAUCAUUUACAGAUUUCAGAAUGUUUGUUUGUGAACAAGAACACAAAGAACUUAGAUGUCCUGUUACUUUAGGACCACUCGGUAUACCAAGUUUAGUGUGUUCUAUGUGUUUUAACAUGGCUAAUGUUAAUGCAGAAAAUCAAAGUUGCGUUUGGUGUUUUGGAAAAUAUGUACCUAACAAACUACUAUUCUAAGUUCAAGAUACCAAUGUGAAUAACAAAAUACACUGCUGAUUAUUGCAUACUUGUACAUUUUCAUUUUUUUUUUCAAAUAUUCAUUGUAAAAUCAAUAAAUAUUACAUAGUAUUUAGUUUUGUUAGGUAUAUAAUAUUAUUUUAGAUUCUGAGCGGAGCGUGGAAGCUAGUGGUUUUAUAAUGGUAGGUAUUUAUUUUUUAUUUUUUAUUUUUUUUAUCUUGUAUACAAAAUGUUUACAAGGAGUGCUUUAAUUUCAACAUAUUGUAUCUUAUCUUUUAGCAAAUUAGAUCAAGAUAGUACUUUAGAGAGGACAUUUUUCGAUUUUCUCAACAAUUAUUUAAUGCCACUGGAAAAACCACCGACAAAUAACAAAAAAUGUGAUUUUAAUUUCUAACGCUUUGUUUACCACCAUAGAAAGGAAUAAAAAGUUAAAAUAUUAUAAUAUAAAUUCAACUUACAGGCUAUAAUAAAUAAUAACAAUAUAAAAGAUCCAGACUGACAAACUGUCUCCGCUCAGAAUCGUUUUUCUUAUACAAUGAUAUUAUAUCAUUGAAUUCAAAUAUAAUAUAAUCCAUUAAACAUUGACCCACUUGUAACCUACUGUACAGCAGAGCGACAUCCACUUACUGGCUUUUUUUUUAUAAUGUAGUGUAGAUAAUAUAGUUAUAUUGUAAUAUAAUAUUAUAUACACUAUAUUAUACUUAAAAUUAUAUUAAAACUUAUGUUUUCAA